ACCAAUAUGGCGGACGUGGCGCCAAAGUUAGAGUCCUUGUGAAAUGUAAAAUAAAGAGCUUUGUUUGGAUCUGUUUGGGUCCACCACAGCGUAUAAGAUUCAUUUAGCAAAAAAUGCCUCCAAAAAAGGCAUCGCCUGCAGCAAAAACAGCUCCUAAAACUACAACACAAAGGUCUGCAGCAAGGGCCACUGCUAAACCCGUGCAGGGGACGAAGAAGCCAAGCACGACAGCUGCCAAACCAGGAGCUAGCGGCGUGAAGGCCGGGGCUACAGCAAAGAAAGGUGGUACAUCGCCUACUAAAGGACAAACCAAAGGAAAGGUGACCUCCGCAGUGCCUCAGGUACUUGAAAAUGGUCCCAGUACAAAUCUGCCCUUUUUGUUUCCAUGGUAACUUUUGAUAUCAGCAUUUAACGUCAUUAGCGGGGUCUAUUUGAGCAAUAGAUAACGUGUUCCGCGUUUGCAUAGCCUGAUAUAAACACGAGAGGGGUUGGGAGAAUUCAAGACAGUAACGCAAACCCUUGACUUCAUCUCGGGUUUGCACAAUUAACUGUCUCGAAUUCUCCCAACUUCUCUAUAUAAAAAAGAAUGCCUGAUUCCAGGUUACAAGGCAGGUUGUGCACCAUGAAUGUAUGAGAUAGGCCUAAUUUUCAUGAAAAAAUUGGAAUUUUAUCAACUGAGAGUAGAACCCCCUGCCCCCACCCCCCAACCAGGCCCACCCUCAUGAACGCAAAUCAACCCAUUCAUUAUGACAUGGAUAUGGCUAGGACAUCAUACAGAGUCUUACAUGAGGUACAGACUAGGGUAAAAGAUAAGUGUCUUGUCAGUGAUGAGAAACUUGUAUACAUGAAUGAUCCAAAACAUUUUAAAAAUUUGGGAAAAUUGCCUGCAGUUAUUCCAAACUAAAACACAGAAAAAGUCAAAAUUCCUUGUUAUCCUGUAGAUUUGGCGAUCCAAUUGAGAGAGAAGGAAAUUUGCGCUAUAUCCGGGAGAGCUGGCAUACCUGCAACCCAGUUGUUAAUUUCAAUGUAAUUUUGUAAAAAAAUUAGGCUUAUCUCUUUACUUUUUUUGACAAACAACCUUCAUAUUUUUUAAAAGGCUAAAGGCAAGAAAUGGACAAAACAAGAUGAAUCUGCUGUUGUCAUACAAAAAUAUGCCAGACGUCAUCUGGCUAAAAAGGAGCUAGAAAAGAGGAGAAAGGAGAAGCAGGACUAUGAAGAGUUAAUGGACAAGAUUCAAAAGGAGGUUGGCUGACAUUUCAUACUAUAAGUAAUUGACAGUAUAUUAAUCAGUUAAUCAGUAAUGUGGUUAUCCAAGAUGAUUAAAACUUUGUGUUUCUCAACAGUUUCAACCUGGUGUCAUUCAAACAAAACUAGCCAGCUUAAUAAGUAGCUUGACCCAAGCAACAUCUUACCAAAAAAAAAAAACAGUGAGCCUUUUGAAGUGCUUAAUUUACAUUUCUUUGUCUACAAGUUUUCAAAAUGUGAAAUUGAUGUAGGAAAUUGAAUGAUAAAGCAUUGCUCUGAUGUGAUAAUUGAAUUACCUUUUAAAACAGAUUAAAUUUUAACUUUGUUGUUGGCAUGGAUGAAACAAUUGACAACAGCUUGUUGGAAGGACAUUUUAUUUCAGGCCCGGGUCUUGGCUUUAGUGAUGGUCUUGCUUAUGGGGAAGCUUCACUGAAGUCUGGAGCGUUUUUCCGUUUGAACCCCAUAGCAUGUAGCUGUCUCUGAUCUCUCCAGCACUGCAAGUUGUCAGAAGAUGCUACCCUUAAGGCUAUGCCAUAAAGCAUUAUAAAUUGGUUCUAUAUAUUUUAUUAAUUACUGUAACAAAAAAAUUCACUGAAGGCGAAGUUGAAUAAUUCCUAAGAGGUAGAAUCUCUAUAAUCAUGUGAGUAACAUUAUACUAUUUUGUUAUAAUUAUUAUUAUAAUGAUUAUUUUAAUUUUGAUCUUGAUGGCAGGCUUGGCUAAAGUUAGUCCAGAUGGAACGAGAAGAAGCAGAGCGUGAGCGAAAGAAAGAGGAAGAAGAGAGAAGAAAAAGAAAAGAAGAGGCAAAAAGAAAAAGUAGAAUUCUUGAAGCUGCCUUUGAUGGUGAUAAUGAUGAAAUUUUAGCCGUGCUAGAGGAGGUAAAGAAUAAUUCUGAUUAUCCAGUGUUAUUUAGGAGCUGUUAAUAUUUCCUGCUUCUGGCCGGAACAUAUGCUUGAAGUAUUUCUUUAGUACUGUAAGAAGAGUGAGCAUCUGGUCAUUUACAUUGCCCAUUAAUUUACAAUAAGGUACUAUGGCACGCUAAAAAUCUUAAAUUUUAAAUGCUUGGGAAGGAGUACUCUCCAGCCCGGGAUAUAUACAUGAUUGUAUUUUAAAAUUUCUUUUCUCAAUUUUUAGGUUUGGGUUCCUAUGUUUUAAACCCCUAAGGAAUGCAACCAUUUUAUUGUAAUGCAAGUAGACAUAAUCAAGCCCACAUCCUGAAUCUGAUACGAAAAAGUUGCCUAUACCUUGACCUUUUUUUCCAGGCCUAUGAGGAAGACUCUAACAGACCAGACCUUUCUGAGCCUGCUCGGCAAUCCCUGAUAACAAGACAUCAGUUGGCUCUUGUGGACUGUGAGGACGCUAACAAUAACACUCCUCUAUCAGAGGCUGCAGGAGGAGGACAUGAAGACACCAUUAAAAUGCUGAUACAAAGAGGGGCAAAUGUGAAUUCCAGGGGUAGAUAUCAGAGGGUUCCACUGUGGCGUGCAGCAUUUGGAGGACAUCUUCAGGCUGUGCAGGUAUGCUUUUUGGACGAGUGCAAAUUUCUGGGCUAUGCAUAGUGGUAGUGGUUUUUGUAAUGAUUGCACUUAAUUACUGGUCUGAAAAUUAUCAUUUGUUUUUAACAAAAUAAUGGUUGGACCAGUUUAAUAUGCCAGCCAACUCAUGUGUAAUAAUAAUAAUAAUAAUAAUAAUAAUAAUAAUAAUAAUAGUAAUAAUAAUAAUAAUAGUUUAUUAACACUUCUAGCACUUAAAAACUGAAUAAACAGUGAAAUUUACAAUUGGACACUAAUAAUUAAGUCUAUUUACAAUAAUAAGUAUUACAAUAAUAAUAAUUAAUACUAAUUAUUGGAAUCAAGAAAACCUAAAAGUAAAAAAGUCAUUUGCUCUCUUUGUCCUUUUCAUCGUUGUAGUGGUUUUAGUAUUUCCUGAUCGUAACUGAUGUGGGAUAGAUCUUGUCAUAACUUGUGGAGCUAAGAAAGAUAUAUGGGGUGGCUCUCAUUCCUCAUAAUAUCCACCAUCAGCUUCUUGCAUAUGAAUAUCCUGCGAUCUUCUAACGACGUCAAAUUUGCUUGGUCUGGAGCUUGUUGAUAACUAGAGUUUGGAAAUAUUAUUCUUAAAGCUCUUCUUUGUAUUGGAUUCAAUAGCAUCAGAAAGGUAUGCAGGAAUAUCUUGCCAUACUUGCGCAGCAUACUCUAAGACCAAUCUGAUAUUAUAUGUGUAUACCUUGAGCAGGUCUUCUGGCAUGACUCAGGACUGCACGCUUCAACAACCUAAGAGAGUACAAUCUCUUAGCCGCCUUGGUAAUUACAUAUUCAACGUGAGCAUUCCAUGCAUUAUGUGCUACUCACAAAUCUAAAAGAUCUUGCUCAUUCAUUGUAUUUGCCAGAUGGUGGAUCCACCCUAUGCAGUAAGAUAAUUAUUGAUAAAUCAAUUAAUUGAUAUGUACUUGAAGUCUCUAUUUCUUAUAAGCUCGUUGGAUUCUCAGAGAUUUCCCUGCCACAGUCACACAGUCACACAGUCACCAGCUGUAUACUAUUUAAUGUUAUUUACCUAUUUAUUAUGUUUUUCAUUCUACUCGCUGUUAUUUAUUCUGUGUGGCAAAAUAAUAAAACAAUAAAAAUAAAAUAAACUAGUGCUGGAACCUGAACCUUGUUUUAACAUGAACAAUGUUUCCCAUUAGACCCUUUUAGAACAUGGAGGUGAUCCCAGAUUAAUUGCAGAUGAUGGCACAAAUGCAAUGCAGGUCAGACUUUGUGUUUUACUGAUGAAAGUGAUGUUGGUGUCAACCUUUUCAGAUUCAGGUUUUCUAGUCGUUAAUUUUUGUUUACUGCAUGGUUUUUUAUGCUCCAUAGGUAGCUGCAAUAACAGCCGUUGAACAGAUAUUCCAGGAUUGGGACAUCAAGCAAACAGACAAAUUGCUGGAAAAGCUGGAAGGUGAAAGAAAUGCCAGACAAGAGGAGGAAAGAAAGCUAAGAGAGGUUGAAAGCAACAGGUCAGCUGUUUAAUAAUAAUAAUAAUAAUAAUUAAAUAGAGGAUAUAUUACAUGGCUGUGCGGGGAUAUGAAAUUUCUCUUUGAGUGUUGAAAAAUAUUUCACGAGUGAGCGCAGCGAAUGAGUGAUAUAUUCAACAUGAGAAGAGAAAUUUUUUAUCUCCAAACGGCCAUGUAAUGUUCUAUUUAUUAUAUAAACACCUAUGAUAUACCAAAUCAUUUCACUUUAAUGGUCUUUUGGUGUGAAAGGCGCGAUUUAUCAUAUAGCCAUUAAGCAGUUGUGAUAUUUUCACAUGUGAAGAUAACAUGUUAUUUUCUUAUGUGCAGAUAUCCAGUUUUCGCGCGAAAGCUCACCUGGUAUUUUAUUGGUGUUUAUAUAAUAAGAGUCUUUAUUCAUCAAAAGAUAAAAAUACAUAUCUUUUGUUCCAAGUAAGUGUAAGAAAUUUUAAAAAGCUGAAAAGUAAGAAUUAAAAGUAUAUUGCAUAGCUAAUUCAUAUUUAAAAACUAAACGAUUUAAAGAGUUUUUAAAAUGCAUAGUGUUAAUCCAGUGUAACUGGACGGUUUAACACAAGGCAUAACAGAUAAAAGUGGGUGUCCUUUAGCAUUAGAAACUUUUCUGAAAAUUUUACAGUCUUGUGUUGUUUGUGAGUAUAAAUUAGCCAACAGUGUUGUUUCUAGGCAGGAUGAAUAUAAAAAUGAUGGCUUCUCUGCUCGGAAACGAUAACUUUUCAAACAUCUAUUUGUAUGCAUGUAUGAACAUUAUGAAAUGCAUUACUUUCCUUAAUGUAAUGUAUCAGUUUAUUUGAUGUGAUAUAAUGUUUUCUUAGACUUUGUGUGAUCUGGAAAAUUCCGAAAAUAAGCCUCGGGGCUUAUAUUUUUCAAAGGCCUUGUUUGAGGGGCUUAUUUUUGGAGGGGCUUAUAUUCGAAGGGGCUUAUCUAUGGAGGGAAAUUUGUGUUUCAAAAUCAGUUGGGCUAGCCUUAUAGUUGGAAGUAAAUUUACCGUUUUUGCUUUGUUUUACUUUGUAUUUGAGGGCAAUUUUCCAAGUACAAGCUCCCGGGGGGCUUAUAUUUAGAGGGGUGAUUUAACGGAGGGUUUUUUUCGUUACCAGUUUGGGGGGUUUAUAUUUGGAGGGGCUUAUACAUUUAGGGGCAUAUUUUCGGAAUUUUACGGUAUAUUAAUUUACUUAAUUUAUUAAAGGCCACUUUGAUACCUGAACAAAAAACAUUCAUCUGCCAAGCAUGCUAUAGGGUUCGAAAAGUGCAUUAAUAUUAUGGUAGAGUUGCAGUGGAUGUAAGCGAAGGAAGAUGUGACCCUGGAACUUUGAGUCAAGUUCUCUAGUCACUCCAGUUAUUAUCUGUGGGUAAAAGUGAUAUCUACACAUCCAGUGAUACGAAGAGCCACGAAAAGAGUUCUUAGCACGUUCCACAAAGAACGAUAAAAACUCCCAAUUUUUUUUGCUGCUGUUAAGCUGCAACUUAACAACAACAUCAGUCUAUGUGAAAGGGGAAAAUGAGAAUCUCAUGUAAAAUGAUUGUGUACUUACAGUCCCUUUAAAUACUAACCUAUUAGUUUUCAGAUGUGAUUCAGAUGUGACUUGUUUUGUCGUUGAGAGGAAAACGGUCAUGUACCAUUAUUUGUUAUCAUAUUAGUAAUAUUCUAACUAUUUCUUCUGUUUAGAUUGGAAAAAGAAUUGGGAAAAGCAGAAAAGGAAAAUGAAGCACACCAGAAGGAGGUAACAUAUUUUGAAAUGAUUCUCUUGCAAUGGUGCUUUGAUAUUUUUAAUAAUAAUAUUAAUAUUAUUUAUAGAGGGAGCCCAACUCGCCAAGGCGGUUUUCAGUAGGGCCCUCAUGCAUUAAUUAACUAAUAUUAUUAACCCAUUCGCUCCUGGAGAUUUUGCCGAAAAACGCGUUUUGAAGCUAGUCGAGUGGUUUUCUGGUCACUGUCGUGCUAUAAAGAGCUAAAACUUACCACAAACCGGUUUACAGGUCGUACACUUCGUGGCCUUCUGUUCCAGAUGCAAAAUAUCAGCUUGCGAAGUUCGGGCAUGCGCAGAAAGCAAAAUUUCGAGAGCUUUCUCUCCUCCCUUCUUUUUUCUCUUUUCUUCCCUCAUUAUUUUUUUCUCUUGCUGGGCAUUUAGUAGGCUUCAUUUUGGUGGAAAGAGUUUUUAGGAAAGCUUUUAGGAUCUUAGGAUUAGGUGAAAGCAAAGGUAGGUGAGCAAUGGAACAAGAUUUUCAUGGAGAUUUUCAGGUCAAUGUCACGUGGUUUUUUGCUUCUUUCUCCGGUGUCCUUGACUGAAUUGUGCUCAUUCUGGUAUGGUUUGAAAGAUCUCUUCACUCUACACAAGUUACCGAAGACAGUUGUCCUUGAACGUUAAAACUGAUGACGUCACAAAGGGUAGAAAGGACCUGGAUCCGCACGGGUGGUUACGGGCGGUUCAGGGGCAAAUGGGUUAAUUAAUUAUUACGAAAAAAGUAAAAGAUGUUUACAAUUAGUAAAAAAUUUUAAAAAUUUAAAAUCUUAAAAUCGAUUAUUAAAAAAAAAUAACAAGGCUUAAAAUUAGCUGAGAUCUUUUAAAAAAGGUUUUUAACUUGGAUUUAAAAAAUAAUAAAAUAGAUAAAAAAUUACACUCUUUUAAAUCAGUUGGAAGGCUGUUCCAGUAUUUCGUGGCAUUGUACAAAUGUGGUAAAUUUUUAAUACUAUUAUUUUCCUUGCAAUUUGCAUGUUUUAUGGUUUCUUUUAAGUUGGCUAAAGCGCACUGUGAAUUGAACAAAAGGAUUUUUGAACAUGACAAAUGCAUGGCAGAAGGAAUGACGGACAAGAAAGAAGUCACUUUACAGGUGUGUUGAUUAUUUAAGUAAAAAACCGUUGUGACCCACACUAUAGCUACACAACUUCGCAGAAUACUCGGUACCUUGCAUAUAUGCACGGUGAUACUACCCCGUUAGUGGUGGUCAGAGACAGCUGUUUUAUUUGGAUGUGCAAUUACAUCAGUUACUGGCCAUAGCACAGAGUUGCUGAAUGAGACCAUUGCCUUGAGAUGAAAGGGUUCAUUACUAUUCUCACAGGGAACAGUUUGUAUUAUAUAGACAAUAAACAAUUUCACACCUCUCUGUUAUCUGUUAUUUUUUUCUCUCCCAUAAAUUAUCCGUGUACAAUUUAUGUGAAAUUAUUUGUGACAGCUAAAAGACCCUUUUGCCAAAUCUGAGUUGAGAGCGCACCGUGCAGCGCUUUAUUCAGUGGUCAUUGCGUGUUUCAAACUAAUGGUGCUCGAGGAACAGUGAACCAAAGGCUUUAUGCAAAGGACUGUUUAGAAGUGAUUCGUCAUAAAUUGUACAUGGAUAAUUUAUGGGAGAAAUUAAAAGCAGAUAACAGCUUAAUCAAAGAGAUAUGAAAUUGUUUAUUGCCUAACGACAAACUGGAAUCCUCUGCUCCCUGCUGUACUAUCAUCAGUGCCACCAGGAUCAUUAGGUGGGUCUACGGUUUUGAUUGGGCCAGGGGUUGGAGCGGGUAGGUUACCUCAGAUGCAAAGUUUAAAAUGACAAUAACAUCAAUGCAGGCACCCAAGGUAGCAUGACCCCCCCCCCUCCCCCCCCACCCCCAGUGCUAUAUUUGCCCCUGGAUUGUAAGCUUCUGUUUUAAUUAAUUGCAAUGACAAAGUACACUCAAGAAGACUACAUAAAAACUGUUUAGAAAAGCAUCAGCUAUGACGUAAAAACACACAGGUUAUAUGACGUUGUUGUGGUCGGUUAUAUGACGUUAUUGUGGUUGUGCAGGAAUGCAAAGGAAAUGAUGUUUUUUUCUUUGCAAACAAAAGUGCCUUGAAAAGACUAGAAAGUAGGUCAAAAGACUCGUAAAAGAUAACAUCAUCAGUGGUUCGGAUUUCUCUCGAUAAAAAGUAAUUACUUAACCAAACGUACUGCAAGUUGCAAAACUCAUUUUUUUGUGUCUGGCACUGUUACCACUGAAAAACCUGUCUGUGGACUACUCUGUCUUGUUUGUACGUGUAUGACUAUUUUGUUGUGUUGAGGAAGUCUUUACUCAAUUGGUUUAUUCACUUGAAGGCAAUACAUGAUGCCGAAGCAGUGCUGGAACUUGCUAGAAAGAAAGCUGAGGCUUCCAAAGAGGUGCUAGCUCAGGUAAAUGAUAUUAAUUUAGUCAUAUUUAGCUGUUGAAAUCCGCGAGAUCUUGUCAGCUAGCUUAGCAGUGUUCCAAGCUUAAAUGUUUUUCAAGUCACCUUUUCAGACAUUACAUAUUGGUCGCCGGGAAAGGAGAGUCACUUUGAGCACCAUUACUUCGUAGUUAAAAGAAUUUAAAUGGCUGCCAAACAUUUUGGAGAUGCACGCGACAUCUCACAAGGGUUUAAAUACCUGGACACCAGGGUGAAACAGGCAAAUCAUAACGAUAAUAAGGCGUAAAAGGAAUACUUCAUGCAAAUUAUUAUUUCACUUUCUCUUACUAGAAGUAAGAGCAUGCAUAGGCACCAACUUGCCGCAUUACCGGCAACAAAGGUCACCAAAUCGUCGGACGACUGUCGCGGCAACUUUAGUCGCCUUUUUUUUUCUAUUCACCUUGGCAACCAAAAAGGUCGCAUCUUGGAGCCUUACUUACAUAAUUGUUUAAGCUUUAGUAACCCAAGUAUAGUUAGGAUGCUUCGCUUUUAACCGUAUCCUUUGACUCCUGAGGUGCGGAAUGUCUUGUAAGUUGAUUCUAACUUUUCAGUCCGUAGACGAAAUCCUAAAACCUCUUUAGCUGUAAUUUCACAUGCUGCUAUUUGUUUUUCUGGCCCGGGUUGCUAUAAGCAUGGUUAGUGCUAACCAGCGUUAAAUACCAUGGAAACCUAUACAUUUUGAUACCUCUUAACCAACGGUUAGCGCUAACCAGGCUUCGAGCAACCGGCCCCUGCUUGCUACAAACUGAUAGCAUUAGAAAUUUUGCAACUUUUGGGAAAUGUGAGGGUUAUGACGAUAUGUGUUAAGCAAGGCUUAAAUUUGGUUAUUGUACUUUUUUUUAGGCCAAACUAAAACUUAGAGAGCAGCAUAAAACAGAGGAGCGCUCUUCAGAAGGUGAGAAGUAUCCCUGCAAGAUUAACAAAACGUUAAAGCUGAAAAUCGAAAAUAAUGGUCUUCUUAAAAGACGAGCGAGCAAGAUUACAACGUUUGUGUCUUAUUCCGGAGUUUUCGCUCGUCAUUAGCGGUCUUUAGAUUUGAGGACAACUAAGACGACGAGAUUUGACUUUAAGAUUUUUCGCGCAUUCUCAAAAAAAAUAGACACCCCGGAAAGCUUCAUUUCACGUUUUUGAAUGAGGUUGAGCCCUGUCCCAAUAGCAAAAUGACACCAUAAAACUUCUAACAUUUGAUAACCUUUUGGGGGUUUUUCGCUGAAACUCGUAUGACGACGGCUUCACAUUUUCCCGCCAAAAUAGGGAGCUUAAGCAACGACGACGGCGACGGCUACGAAAGCGUCACUUAAAAAAUGAGUUUGCGCUGCGUCAAACUUUUCUGCGCUUAUUCCGUCUCGUUUAAUUCGUCAAAUGAGUUGGCAAUUUUUUUUUGGAGUUGAAUUCUAAAGGACUGUAUCAAAGUUGAGAAAAAGAAAAGGAAAGUUGUUAUUGUUGUUGAAAUUAGGCACUUUCACGUUGUAGUCGUGCAACGACGGCAAAUAAGCGUACAAAAAAGCGUUACGCACGUGCAAAGUUGUUGUUUUUCUAAUCUUAACCUAUUGGGUUAUUGCCGUUCUCGUUGACGUCCCUGUUGCCGUUGUUUUGACGCUGGAUCACGCGCGAACACUACUUAGUAUUGAGAAAAUCUCUUUCUCGUAGUCAUCCUGGUCGUAGAAUAAUUAGAGACCUUUAGAUUCUAAGUAAGAGGGGGAUGACUACUAGUCGACUGCAGCUUUGUAUUAAAGUAGGAAGUUUCAUUGACGAUAUUAAGCCGAGUGAACAUUGCUUUUUCUCUCUUUAAAGGUGCUGAUUUAAAAGGCAUAAAAGUAAUGAUAAGAGACCUUGAUGACGUUCUGUUUAGAGAUGUGGGCGGAAAGAUAGCAGCAGACGGAAGGUACACAGCCAUUGUACUCACAUUUUAUUUAAAAAUAAUAGCAUUGCUACAUGUAUAUUAGACGCAGAUAGUUCCAUAAACCAAUCACAACUCGAAGCAAGAAUUUGCACGUGUAUUCGGCACCAAUCAGUAACGGGAAAACGUCACGGUUGGAUUGGGUUUGUCAGUCUUUACUAAAUGUUAUCAAAUACUUCUUUUUACUACUUUUGGUAUUUACUUUUUUGUUUUGCAGGUGGCCACUUUUGAUCGAUACUUCCCCACAGAGUUCCACUUUCUUGCGUUACCGUGACACGAACUUCAUGAACGCACUUAAUCCUAACCACAUGCAGCCUGAAGUGAUUCGUAUGAGUCUCUUGGGGGCUUUGAGGUCUGUAAAAUAAACUAGGGUGACUGUCUUAGUAUACUUUUUUCUCGGUUGCGUGGUUGCAAGCAAAAACGACUUUUCAUGGGCUCUCAGCGAAAGCUCUACUUUGGGUAAUAGAAGAUUUUACUCACUCUUGGCGGGAACGCUUCUUCGGACAGCCGAACUCGUACGAACGGGCCGCGAGCGCAUGAUUGCCUUCGGAUACCCCGAUCGUCCCCCAGCACGGCAUUCAUGACUGUAAACGCUUGUUCGCCUUAACUGAACCAGUCGCUUAAAAUGGAGAGGGAGGACAUCUUUGACUGUGCUUUUUAGAGGCGCGUUUACUUUUCAUUGACGAGCAAAAUAAUAUUUUGUAUUCUUCUUAGAAUGAAAUGAUCACUGAGGAGAUGUUACGCUAGUCGGUUUUGAUCCAAUUUUACUUGUUUGUUUGUUAUAAAUUGUUGUCUGACUAGUUUGGGCCAAAUUUUACCUAAUUCACGCCACAGACAUCCCAAACUCAUUAAGCGAGCGCUUGUUAAAGAUUAAUACUUCUGGUAAUGUUGGGUAACUAAGCCAUUUAUAGGGUUUAUAUGGAAACAGUAAAAAUUCGAAAAACUCGUCUUAUCUUAGCUUAUCAUAAAGAAACGAAAUGAAAUACACUUUUGCAGUAUUUUGUGACCUUGUGUAUUUCUGAGGCGAUUUGGGCUGGUUUUGCCAUCCUGUAGUCCUAACUUAUAAGACAGAAUGGCAAAAGCACACUGAAACCAGCCCAAAUCGCCUCAGGUAUACACAAGGACACAAAAUACAGCACAAGUAAGUGUAUUUUAUUUUGUUUCUUUACAAUAAGCUAAGAUAAGGCGAUUUUUCCCAGUUUUUACUGUUCCCAUAUAAUCCCUAUAAAUCCCUUAAUUCAUUACUGACGCAACAUUACAAGAUGUAGUAAUUUUUAACAAGCGCUGCCUUAAUGAGUCUGGGAUGCCUGUGUUCACGCCAACAAUAUUACUAAACCCUACCGAGCCGAACCACAUAUACAGAGUGACAGCUCAAAGAGCUCCGAGGGUACCUUGUUUAGACAUAUUCCACUGUGUUUUUCAAGUUGCUCUGAUCGCACGCAUAUUGUUUUACGUUGUUGUAGGUAUGGAAAGCCAGCUGUAUUGGAUAUGAUGGACGUCGAUAUGUUUGAAACUGCUGCUAUGAAGUUUGAUGAGGUCCAAAAGGGACUUAUGGCUUUACUAAUGAGCAAAGACCUGUUAAAGGACAACAAGUAAGUAUAUCAUGAUUUAGUAUUUGCCAAAUCAGUGAAUAGCAAUUUUCGCUCGUUUUGAUUGGCUCCCGUAACUUGGAAUAUCCUUGGCUUUUAACUGUUUUGCGACCGGAGCCAAGAUGGCGUCUCGUUUCAAGACAUUUUCGAAAGACGGAAUUUGAGCGAUAAAUGAAGUGCUCAGUCGUACAAAGAAAUACCAGAAAAGUAACUUUCAAACCAAUUUUAUUGUUCUUGUCGUCUUACCUAUAAUGAAUAAUUUCAUUCCCUUCGUUAUGUAGAUUUCUUGAACUGGUCCGGCCUGGCGAUGGAGAGGAAUACAGCAAGACAAGUUUCCUUGGAGCAAGAAUAGAAAAGUUUAUGUUUAUUAUAAUCACUCAACAGUGGAAUCCACCAGAGCGUUUGAUGGACCAGACAUAUCCUAUUCGAGUCAUCAUUCCAUCCAGACAUGAUGUGUGAUAAAUGAAGUUCAGUGAUCUUAAAAUUCGAGAAAGGGAAGGCAAAGAAUAACCACCAACAAACAAAGAAACAAGAAGUCGUGGGAACCUCCGGAAAACGAUGUACAGUUCAAGUGUUAGUGACGUUCGCUUGAGCGAGAUGACAAGAAAGGAGCCUCGAUAACGAAUUAAUAAGGGCUUACGGGGCAGUAGCCUGAGAAAAAAGCGGACAUUUUGCGAUGCCACUUCAGGUUUCCCCGCUAGAUGACGUCC